AUGACAUUGAUGGGACUCCUGUUCAGCAUGAGCGAUGACUAUAUCCCGACACUGAAUCUUCACAUAGAUGUUGUGGAGUCAAAGGCAAAUCUGUUCUAUUUUUUUCUGGGCAAGAAGGUGAUUGAUUCCUUUAGUAAUGGCCUGAAACACCUCGACAACCUCAAGGGCACCUUUGCAAGUCUCAGUGAGCUGCACUGUGACAAGCUGCAUGUGGAUCCUGAGAACUUCAAGCUCUUUGGCAAUGUGAUUGUGGUUGUGCUGGCCCAUCACCUGGGCAAGGAUUUCACCCCAGCGGCACAGUCUGCUUUUCAGAAGGUGGUGGCUGGUGUGGCCAAUGCCCUGGCUCACAAAUACCACUAAGCUACCUUUCCUGCUGUCUAUCUCAUACAAAAGGCCUUUUGCCCCAGAGAA